CUAAAUUUGACUCCUCUUUUUUGCCAUGAUAAUGAUAAUGAGCAUGCUGCUUUAUUGUCAUCGGGCAGAAAAUAAAUCGAUGCGCGCCUAAAAUCGAAAGGUUCUCGUGCUGGUAUGCUGCUCCCGGCUGACUGCAAAUAUCGCGCAGAUAUGAAAAUGAAAGCAAAAUUGCCGCCGUCAAUCAGAAACGGUUUAGGGCAAAAAGGCGCCCAUCCUCCCACAUGGUUCCCUUGUUGCCUCGGUUUGCGCUGACCUACAUUAACCAAACAAAUCGAUUGCUAAGCUGCCUCGUAUCAGGAAACCGUACCAUGGAAACGAUAGCGACGUGAAUGUGCAGUUUGAUAUUUUGAUCAGUUUUGCAACGACCAAACGCCAGUGGCGUUUCACACCAAAUCCGCCGUCACGAUGGACAGGAGCAACUUCCAGCAGUCGCGUAAAAAGCGUCGUGAAUCGAAGCGUAAGUCGGGCGAGAAGAAGAAACCGAAGUCGACCACACGCUCCGAGGAAAGUCUACAUCCCAGCUACACCAAUCUGCAGCCGCCAUAUGCGGCCGUCUGUCGCCAACGGUAUCAUGCGGAUAAUGUUCGUUACGAGAAGCAGUUCAACUACGAGUUAAAGAUGCUUGAGCUGAUGCAAAAUUCGGCCUACGAUUCGAUGCGAUUCCAUCGUCAUUUUGCCAUCACAACACUUUGGCCACCGUUGCACACACGCAAGGAGAUCGAAUACGUGUUGGACAAAUUUUUCCGCCACUCGGAGCGACAAACGCGGCGUUUGCAUGACAUUAUGAAAGGCCCUGUACAUUGAUUUCCGGCCCCCCGGAUUGUUGACCACUUACGUUUUGAAAAAGAAAAUUAUGUUUUAGCACAGUGAAAGAGAGUCAAAGCAGCAAGAAGCGUUUGGAUAAACAAAACGCCUGAAGGUAUGCAACCUUUCUUACGAACCUGUUCUUUGGCUGCAUCAUCGACUAGCUAUGGGCGGAAAAUAAAUUGCAUACUUCCAGGCGCACAAAA